ACUUCCUACCGCGGUCCGGAUUGCAGCAAAACCGGGUAGCGCGAGGGCCAAAAAGUGGAAAGGAGAGCGCCUUUCCGUGUCGCGCAGCCAGCUCGCCAACUCUCCCUCCCCAGCCCCGACCCUCGCAAUCUCAACUGCAACUUUUUCCCUUCGGUCUCGGUUUCUCCCGGGCUGCGGCUAGCGGGCGCCGCGCUGCGAGGCGUGGAGCGGGCGGGCUGCCGCGAGGCUGCGGGUGGCGGUGCCGGCUACAGCCGCGAGCCGGCGAGUGGGUGGCUGGGUGGGUGGGGAGGAGGGAGAGGACGGGCGGGGAGAGAGACGGGUGUGGGGAGGGGAGGGAGGGGGAGAUUCCGCUCUCCUGCCGCUCCCAGCCCGGGCGGGGGGCGGGGGGCGGGGGGAGGAGGCCGCGACGAGGGAGGGGAGGAGGGAGGGAGGAAGGGAGGGAGGGAGCCGAGGAAGACGCUCCGAUAACCCGUGCGUUUCGUAAGGCUCGGAGCACUUGUACAUUUCUGCAGCCGCGCGGCGAGCCAUUCGCGGCGGCUGCUGCAGCUCCUACUGCAUCUUCCUUCUCCUCCUUCCCUCGGGCUCCGGGUGUGUGUAUGUGUGAGAGUGUGUGAAUGUGUGUGUUUUGCAGGUGUGUGGUGUGUCCGUUUUAAUUCUGCCCAGUAGGUGGGACUUGGUGACUUUAGCACCAUUUUUUCCUUUUCCUUUUUUUUUUUUUUUUUUUUUUUCUGCCUCCCCACCGUCUGUUGCAACCCUGCAAAGUCUUGGAGUCGGAGAGCGCGCCUCGCUUCCAGAGCCCCCGGACCCGGCGAGUCAGCGAUCGCCGAGCCGGCCACCAUGCCCGGCAGACCGCGCCACUAGGCGCUCCUCGCGGCUCCCACCCGGCGGCGGCGGCGGCGGCGGCGGCGGCCGCGAUGGUUUCAGACGCUGAAGGAUUUUGCAUCUGAUCGCUCGGCGUUUCAAAGGCAGAGGCCCCCCCUCCCCCUUCCCCCCUCCCUCGCCGUCUUUGUUUCCUUCCCCCCCUGCUCUCCCCACUCCCCCCACCCCACCCCCCUCUCCUCUCCUCCUCCUCUUUUUUAGAAGCAGCGAUCGGAGAUGGAUGUCUCUCUUUGCCCAGCCAAGUGUAGUUUCUGGCGGAUUUUCUUGCUGGGAAGCGUCUGGCUGGACUAUGUGGGCUCCGUGCUGGCUUGCCCUGCAAAUUGUGUCUGCAGCAAGACUGAGAUCAAUUGCCGGCGGCCGGACGAUGGGAACCUCUUUCCCCUCCUGGAAGGGCAGGAUUCAGGGAACAGCAAUGGGAACGCCAGCAUCAACAUCACGGACAUCUCAAGGAAUAUCACUUCCAUACACAUAGAGAACUGGCGUAGUCUUCACACGCUCAACGCCGUGGACAUGGAGCUCUACACUGGACUUCAAAAGCUGACCAUCAAGAACUCAGGACUUCGGAGCAUUCAGCCCAGAGCCUUUGCCAAGAACCCCCAUUUGCGUUAUAUAAACCUGUCAAGUAACCGGCUCACCACACUCUCGUGGCAGCUCUUCCAGACGCUGAGUCUUCGGGAAUUGCAGUUGGAGCAGAACUUUUUCAACUGCAGCUGUGACAUCCGCUGGAUGCAGCUCUGGCAGGAGCAGGGGGAGGCCAAGCUCAACAGCCAGAACCUCUACUGCAUCAAUGCUGAUGGCUCCCAGCUUCCUCUCUUCCGCAUGAACAUCAGUCAGUGUGACCUUCCUGAGAUCAGCGUGAGCCACGUCAACCUGACCGUACGAGAGGGUGACAAUGCUGUCAUCACUUGCAAUGGCUCUGGAUCACCCCUUCCUGAUGUGGACUGGAUAGUCACUGGGCUGCAGUCCAUCAACACUCACCAGACCAAUCUGAACUGGACCAAUGUUCAUGCCAUCAACUUGACGCUGGUGAAUGUGACGAGUGAGGACAAUGGCUUCACCCUGACGUGCAUUGCAGAGAAUGUGGUGGGCAUGAGCAAUGCCAGUGUUGCCCUCACUGUCUACUAUCCCCCACGCGUGGUGAGCCUGGAGGAGCCUGAGCUGCGCCUGGAGCACUGCAUUGAGUUUGUGGUGCGUGGCAACCCCCCACCAACGCUGCACUGGCUGCACAAUGGACAGCCUCUGCGGGAGUCCAAGAUCAUCCAUGUGGAAUACUACCAGGAGGGAGAGAUUUCUGAGGGCUGCCUGCUCUUCAACAAGCCCACCCACUACAACAAUGGCAACUAUACCCUCAUUGCCAAAAACCCACUGGGCACAGCCAACCAGACCAUCAAUGGCCACUUCCUCAAGGAGCCCUUUCCAGAGAGCACGGAUAACUUUAUCUUGUUUGAUGAAGUGAGUCCCACACCUCCUAUCACUGUGACCCACAAACCAGAAGAAGACACUUUUGGGGUAUCCAUAGCAGUUGGACUUGCUGCUUUUGCCUGUGUCCUGUUGGUGGUUCUCUUCAUCAUGAUCAACAAAUAUGGUCGACGGUCCAAAUUUGGAAUGAAGGGUCCCGUGGCUGUCAUCAGUGGCGAGGAGGACUCAGCCAGCCCACUGCACCACAUCAACCACGGCAUCACCACGCCCUCUUCGCUGGACGCCGGGCCCGACACUGUGGUCAUCGGCAUGACCCGCAUCCCUGUUAUUGAGAACCCCCAGUACUUCCGUCAGGGACACAACUGCCACAAGCCGGACACGUAUGUGCAGCACAUUAAGAGGAGAGACAUCGUGUUGAAGCGAGAACUGGGUGAGGGAGCCUUUGGAAAGGUCUUCCUGGCCGAGUGCUACAACCUCAGCCCGACCAAGGACAAGAUGCUUGUGGCUGUGAAGGCCCUGAAGGAUCCCACCCUGGCUGCCCGGAAGGAUUUCCAGAGGGAGGCUGAGCUGCUCACCAACCUGCAACAUGAGCACAUUGUGAAGUUCUAUGGAGUGUGUGGCGAUGGGGACCCCCUCAUCAUGGUCUUUGAAUACAUGAAGCAUGGAGACCUGAAUAAAUUCCUCAGGGCCCAUGGGCCAGAUGCAAUGAUCCUUGUGGAUGGACAGCCACGCCAGGCCAAGGGUGAGCUGGGGCUCUCCCAAAUGCUCCACAUUGCCAGUCAGAUCGCCUCGGGUAUGGUGUACCUGGCCUCCCAGCACUUUGUGCACCGAGACCUGGCCACCAGGAACUGCCUGGUUGGAGCGAAUCUGCUAGUGAAGAUUGGGGACUUCGGCAUGUCCAGAGAUGUCUAUAGCACGGAUUAUUACAGGGAAGGGCCAUGCCAGAAGGGCCCGUUCAGCGUGGUGUGGCAGCGGCAGAGGCUAGCAGCAACGGCAGCUUCCACACUCUUUAAUCCAUCUGGAAAUGAUUUUUGUAUAUGGUGUGAGGUGGGAGGACACACCAUGCUCCCCAUUCGCUGGAUGCCCCCUGAAAGCAUCAUGUACCGGAAGUUCACUACAGAGAGCGAUGUGUGGAGCUUCGGGGUGAUCCUCUGGGAGAUCUUCACCUAUGGAAAGCAGCCAUGGUUCCAACUCUCAAACACGGAGGUCAUAGAGUGCAUUACCCAAGGUCGUGUUUUGGAGCGGCCCCGAGUCUGCCCCAAAGAGGUUUACGAUGUCAUGCUGGGGUGCUGGCAGAGGGAACCACAGCAGCGGCUGAACAUCAAGGAGAUCUACAAAAUCCUCCAUGCUUUGGGGAAGGCCACCCCAAUCUACCUGGACAUUCUUGGCUAGUGGUGGCUGGUGGUCAUGAAUUCAUACUCUGUUGCCUCCUCUCUCCCUGCCUCACAUCUCCCUUCCACCUCACAACUCCUUCCAUCCUUGACUGAAGCGAACAUCUUCAUAUAAACUCAAGUGCCUGCUACACAUACAACACUGAAAAAAGGAAAAAAAGAAAGAAAAAACCCUGUAAGGCAGUUUGGCAUAUAUAUAUAUAUAUAUAUAUAUUUAUAUAUCUAACUAUCUAUCAAUCUAUAUCUACAGAGAGAUACCUUCUCUAGUACACAGAGAAGCUGCUGAUACAGAAAACCACAAGACUUUAACAACUCAGAAACUCUAAAAUAUUAAUAAUACAAAGGAAAAUUCCCUUUGACUUAAGCUGUGGCCCAUGCUUCUAAUGCUACAGCUUUUCGGAGCAGAAGACCUGGACCAUGCAGAGAGACAAUCUUUGGGAUGAGAGCUCUGGGACGGGAGGAGUUAAGGUGGUGCUCAGUCGCUGCUGUGUGCGUCUGUUACCCCAGAAGCUCACCACAGGCACAUGUGGGGACCGCAUGGCUGAGCUCAGCAAAGAAAUGACGCUGGAGCAGGGUCCUUGCCUCCACUUCUUCCCCAUUUCCUCCACUUCAGGACAAUGUUCUAAUUUGUCCGUUCUAAAAAGUGUAAUCUUGAUGCUUUUGGGAAUCAACGAUGGCACCUACGGGUAAACACAGAACAGACAACCCCACAACACAAAACCGUGACAAGAGCUGACCGCAUCCAUCCUGGGUGUAAGCUUCUUGCUGGAGUUGCAAAAGAUGUGUCUUUCUAUUCUCAGAACUUAACUGGACUUUCUGGACUAAAAGAACCACAGAAGAAAAAACAGCUGAAACCUGAACCCUGCCAAGACACUGCCACCUGUCUUUUCCAUCAUUGCAAAGAUUCCUUGGCCUCACCUCCCACUUUCAGGCCCCUGGGAAGCUUAGAGGGUUAGGAAACAGGUCCCCAUGUUGUCUUUGAAUGUAGACACAGCAGGCUUUAGGGUUGCAAUAGCAAGAGACUUGGUUGUUUGUAGGUCAUUAUAACGAAUGCCCCCUGGUCCUCUCAGUUUCUCAUCCUGCUUCCCUAGAGCCUAGACUCCACUUCCUGGGUCUCUACCGAGUCCCAGGUAAACCCCACUGCCAAGGAAGGAAGCCAGGUCUAGUGAGAGGCUGCAGCAGUGAGUGUUUCAGGAAAGCAAGCAGUGGAGUGGGUGAGAGCCAGCAGGGGAGAAUCUACUUGGCACCUGCUCCAGGCCCCUUGGCAUUCUCCUCACGUUUCCAGCCCCUGGGAGGAUUGAUGCAUCUGCCUUUGAGCUGUUGUGAAAACGCAGGGGCUGAGAAAUCACUUUUGUGGGCUGGGGUAGGGGGAAGGGCUGACGCUUCUCUGGGAGAUGUCCAAUAAGCGGCCAGUGCUGCAGGCUUGGCAUCUUAAUGAGGUCUGAGCCCUGACCGGAGAGAGGGAAGGAAACAUCUGGGCUGGGGCCUGCUCCCUCUGCCCCAGCACGGGGAAUCACUGCCUUCCUGGCUGCUGCCACAGACCACAGUGGGGUUGACCUCUGGGCCUCCCUGUCACAUGAAACAUGGAAGCCAACAGCCUGGCCCCACAGGCCUCCUCUGCUGGGGAGGAGAGGAUGUGCUUCUCCCAGGCUACCGGGCCCCUCCGCCUCGCCCCAAGCACAGAGCUACCUAAGGGACUGACCUUUGCCAAACUGGAGCUCACCUCCCGGGGGCCUCUGGCCUACCCUUUUCCCUGCCAGCUGAAGAGACUGCCAGCAGCCUGGACGUCCUGGUUAGCUGAAGGCAUCUGAAACGUGGGCCUCCCUAUGUGGGGUUUAGGACUGAAUUAUGUGUUUGUGGUUUUGCUUCUUUUUGUAGACCCACAAAUACUUUUAUUUGAAUAGUAAAGAGCUGUGCUCAGAUUGUAGCCAUGGUUGGGAUUUGGGAUCAGCGAGGCUGGUUAGCUGGACUGGGAGGGGAGGGAGGUGAGAUGGGAGUUUGAUGUGGAUUUUCUCACUGUGCUGUGCUCCUAGCCCCUGAGGACUUUGCGGGAAAGCUGUUUGGAUUGACCACCUCAAGAAAACCCUUUGCUGUCCUAGGGCAA